AGUCAAACAUGAAGAAGAUACUGAGGAACAAAAAGGUUGGUUUUCAUUAUGAAUGACCUGAUGACACUGAAAGAGGAGAGUCAGGAACUCGAUGAAAAGGAAGAUCAUUUUCAGAAUGAGAAAUAUGAUUCCAUGACUGGAGAAAAAUCAUUUAGGUUGUUACAUACUGAAAAGCCUUCACAAAGUAGAGCUCAAAAGACGGAAAAUAUAAGUUAUUUCUCCUGCCAACAGUGUGGAAAGAGCUUCAUUAAAAAAGAAAACCUUAAAAGACACACAACAAUUCAUACAGGAGAGAAGCCUUACAAAUGCUCUCAAUGUGGAAAAAGUUGUAAACAUAAACAGCACCUCAUUGACCACAAGAGGAUUCACUCUGGAGAGAAACCUUUCACCUGCCAACUGUGUAGAAAAAUGUUUAAUAGUAAAUCAGACCUUGAAACCCACAUAACAAUUCACAGUGAAGAGAAAUCUUUCGUAUGUUCUCUGUGUGGAAAAUGUUUUAAUAAUAAACAACACCGCGAUGACCACAUGAGGAUUCACACUGGAGAGAAACCUUUCACCUGCCAACAGUGUGGAAAGAGUUUCAAUCAAAAAGGAAACCUUAACAAACACAUGAGGAUUCACACUGGAGAGAAACCUUUCACCUGCCAACAAUGUGGAAAGAGUUUCAGUCAAAAAGUAAACCUUAUGAAACACAUGAAGAUUCACACUGGAUAGAAGCCCUUUACAUGAGUUUUGGAUGUAAAGUAGCCCUUAAACAUGUUCAGUCACACCGGUGUGAUUACUGUUCAGUCUGUCAUGUGAUUAACUGCUAAAUUCAAAUAUGCUUUUCUAGUUAGCCUUCACUUGUCAUAUCCCUUUCAGUAAAGCUAUAGUAACCAUGACUGUAGUAACCAUAGUUUUACUAAAGAAGGUUCUGUUACAUUUAACAAAAGUUGUGCAAUGGACUUCUACAAAAUAAAAAAUAAGUUACUAUUCUAUGAUA